AUGGCCGGAGUUCCAUUUCCGUCGAACCUUCUACCGUCCGACGGGAGUCCCGAAUGGCUAAACAAAUCCGACAAUGCGUGGCAGCUGAUGGCUGCGACGUUAGUCGGACUGCAAAGUGUUCCGGGACUAAUAAUAUUAUACGGUGGCGCGGUGAAAAAGAAAUGGGCAGUGAAUUCAGCAUUCAUGACACUCUAUGCAUUUGCAUGUGUGUUUUUCUGUUGGGUCAUUUGGGGUUAUAGAAUGUCAUUUGGUGAUAGGCUUUUACCAUUUUGGGGUAAACCAGCACUUGCACUUGAUGAAAAGUAUCUUUUCAAACAAGCUUUUUUAGGAGCUUUUCCUAUUGCUACUAUGGUUUAUUUUCAGUGUGUUUUUGCUGCUAUUACUUUGAUUUUGAUUGCUGGUGCUUUGCUUGGAAGAAUGAACUUCUAUGCUUGGAUGUUGUUUGUUCCUUUAUGGCUCACUUUUUCUUAUACUAUUACUGCUUUUAGUAUUUGGAGUCCUAAUGGAUUUCUUUCUAAAUUGGGGAUCAUUGAUUACUCUGGUGGUUAUGUUAUUCAUUUAUCUUCCGGCGUCGCUGGUUUCACCGCCGCUUAUUGGGUUGGACCGCGACUAAACAAAGAUAGGGAAAGGUUUCCACCAAACAAUCUACUUCUUAUGUUGGCUGGAGCAGGACUGUUGUGGAUGGGAUGGACAGGUUUCAAUGGAGGAGAUCCUUACUCAGUUGGACUAGAUGCUUCCUUGGCUGUCUUGAACACACAUGCUUGCACUGCUACUAGCUUGCUUACUUGGGUUUUCCUUGAUGUCAUUUUCUUCAGAAAGCCUUCUGUUAUUGGUGCUGUUCAAGGCAUGAUUACUGGUUUGGUUUGCAUCACUCCAGCUGCAGGUGUUGUACAAGGUUGGGCAGCACUUAUAAUGGGACUAUUCUCCGGCUCAAUUCCAUGGUUUACCAUGAUGGUAAUCCACAAGAGAUCAAAGCUACUUCAAAAAGUAGACGACACAAUGGCAGUGUUACACACUCAUGCAAUUGCAGGAAGUCUUGGAGGAAUUCUCACCGGUCUAUUUGCCGAACCAAAACUAAACUACUUGUUCUACGGUGCUUAUAGCAAAUACGUUGGUCUUUUAUACGGAAUCCAAAUGAACAUAGCGAGCACCGGAUUCAGACAAAUAGGAAUCCAACUCCUUGGAAUUUUGUUUGUUAUCUUUGUUAAUGUUAUUAGCACGAGUUUGAUAUGUCUUCUGAUUCGAGUCUUUGUUCCGUUGAGAAUGUCCGAAGAGGAUAUGGAGAUUGGUGAUGAGGCUGCUCAUGGUGAAGAGGCCUAUGCAAUUUGGGGUCAAGGUGAUAAACUUGAGAAUUCGAGUUCGAAAUAUGCAAGUUCUUUGUAUGAAGAUGUUGAAGUUGCUGCUACCAAGAAGAAUAAGCGUAGUAGUCAGAUUGAGAUGAUGUGA